GAGCAAGUUGACGAUUGGGGAGCUUCAUUCUCGUGCUGCUGCUGCCCUCUCGUGCUGCUGCUGCCCUCUCGUGCUGCUGCUGCCCUCUCGUGCUGCUGCUGCCCUCUCGUGCUGCUGCUGCCCUCUCGUGCUGCUGCUGCCCUCUCGUGCUGCUGCUGCCCUCUCGUGCUGCUGCUGCCCUCUCGUGCUGCUGCUGCCCUCUCGCGCUGCUGCUGCCCUCUCGCGCUGCUGCUGCCCUCUCGUGCUGCUGCUGCCCUCUCGUGCUGCUGCUGCCCUCUCGUGCUGCUGCUGCCCUCUCGUGCUGCUGCUGCCCUCUCGUGCUGCUGCUGCCCUCUCGUGCUGCUGCUGCCCUCUCGUGCUGCUGCUGCCCUCUCGUGCUGCUGCUGCCCUCUCGUGCUGCUGCUGCCCUCUCGUGCUGCCCCCUCGUGCUGCUGCCCUCUCGCGCUGCCCUCACCAUAUCGCCACCGCUCUCUCACGACCACCCACCCCACCCCUCUGCUGCUCCCACUCUGCAUGCUGAACUUCGUUCGCACCGUACACAGCCACACGUAACUCACUCUCCCUCCCGUGCCUUGCACCCCCUCCAUGGGCGACCAAGAGGCGGCUCACGGGGCAGCGGCAGGGGCAGCCCUGCCCCCCCUGCCCCCCGGUAGCGAGGAGGGUGGCUGCCCCCCGUGGCUGGAGGCGCUGCGGCGUCGCCUGCACGGCUGCGGGCAGCAGCACGCCCUGGCCUUCUGGGGCGAGCUGGCGGGCCCCCAACGGGAGGCCCUGGCACGGGAGCUGGCCGAGGCCGACUUGGAGGCCCUGCGGCCCUCGCUCCACAAGGCGGUGGCGGCCGGGCAGCCCGGGCAGCCGGGGCAGCCCGGGCAGCCCGGGGCAGCGCUCGAACCGCUGCCCGAAGAGUUGUGCGGUAGCAGCAUCGCGUCUGACCCCGAGAGCCUGAGAGACUGGGAGCAGCACGGUCUGCUGCAGGUUGCCGAGGGUCGCGUGGCCAUCGUGCUCCUGGCCGGGGGUCAAGGGACGCGUCUGGGCGUGCCCUACCCCAAGGGCCUCUACGAUGUGGGGCUGCCCUCCCACAAGCCCCUGCUGCAGCUGCAGGCCCAGCGCAUCCUGCGCCUGCAGCGGCUCGCCGAGGAGAGGCACGGCAAGCGGGGGGCCCUGCCCUGGUACAUCAUGACGUCAGGCCACACGCGGGAGCCCACGCUGGCGUUCCUGCGCGAGCACGGCUUCCUGGGGCUGUGCGAGGACGACGUUCGCCUCUUUGAGCAGCGACAGAUCCCGGCCCUGACCCCCGACGGCAAGGUCAUCCUGGAGACACGGGGACGCCUCGCCAGGGCUCCCGACGGUAACGGAGGUCUGUACCGCGCGCUGGGGGACAGCGGCGUGCUGGCCGACAUGGAGGCGCGCGGGGUGCGCUACGUGCACGCGUACUGCGUGGACAACGUCCUGGCCCGCGUGGGGGAUCCUCUCUUCCUGGGAUUCUGCGUCCGCAAGGGGGCAGACUGCGGGGCCAAGAAGGCCCAUUGA